GUUGGACGCCCGUGUCAACAACCUCGUCCUCAUCGGAGCUCUCGUCGGAGGGUUCCUCGACCUCCUCCUCCUCCUCCUCCUCCUCGACCUCUUCGGUGUGUUGUUCCGACUCGGCCAUCAUCUCGGUGUCUUCUGUGCGGGCGUGGGGGGGAUCUUCGUGGAUUUCAAAGUCGUCGCGGCUGCGUUUACGUGUGGCCGUGGCCAUGGAGUGCGGCGGUCUCGACUCUGCGGUCAUGGGGCGGUGGGCCAAUCGCAAGUCUGCCGGGGCGGUAGAAGUGAGUGCCGGGGCAUGGAAGGGAGAGGGCGCGCGUGUAGAGUUCGAGACAGUGUCUAGGGCUGGGACGGUGGUUGAAGCUUGGUAUGGCUGCGGUGGAUAGGUGUGUGGUUGAUUCGGGUGGUUUUGGUGAUGGUGGUGGUGUUGCGGGUUUUGCUGCGGAUAGUGCUGGUUUUGUUGGUGUUGUGAUUGUGGUUGCGAUUGUGGUGGUGGUGGAGGAAGAGGGUGUGGUGUCUGGCGGCGUUGGUGUUGUGGCGGCGGAGUGGGCGUUGGUGUUGUUGCCCAAUCGUGCCGGUGCCAGGCCUGGACGUCGAGGGUCUGGCCAAAUCGAGUCAAUUGAUCGAUAGCAUCCAGGUUGGGUUGACUGAGGCCAGCUGAGGAAUCUCGCUGGGUUGUACACUGCGUCAUCCGAGGCUGUGGUGGAAGGAAUUGAGAGAAUGUUUUGUUGUAUUAUUCGAUUGAGUUUGAGACGGCGGUGGUCUUCUUUGGGAGUUUUUCGCAGUACAAGCUGUUCGUUGCGGUAGGUAUAGUGAAGUAGAGGUACCUGAGAACCUGAGAUGCUCCGCAGUCUGCAGUGUACAAGGACUUGAUGUAUGGUGAGGUGUCUUGGGAGGUGACCAAGGUUAUAAUUGGACGUUCUUGUUUUUCGAAUUUCUUUUUUUUCUUUGCAUCUGGCAGCAGGUGAUUACCUUGUGUAGGAGAGAGGUGGGAAUCUUUUGGAUUUC